ACUUAUUAAACUUUCUUUAGAGUUUGGAUUCUGACAAGCCCGUGGAACCAGUAAAAAGAUCUCCUCUUCGUCAGGAAACAAAUAUGGCCAAUUUUUCUUAUCGCUUCUCCAUAUACAACUUGAAUGAAGCUCUGAAUCAGGGAGAAACUGUGGAUCUGGAUGCCCUGAUGGCCGAUCUUUGCUCCAUAGAGCAGGAGCUCAGCAGUAUUGGUGCAGGAAAUAGUAAGCGUCAAAUCACAGAAACAAAACCCACUCAGAAAUUACCUGCCAGCCGACAUACAUCAAAACAUGGCACUUUGAAAGGAUUGUCUUCAUCUAACAGGAUAACUAAACCAUCACAUGCCAACUACUCCCUGGAUGACAUCACUGCACAGUUAGAACAGGCUUCCUUGAGCAUGGAUGAGGCUGCUCAGCAAUCUGUACUAGAGGAUACUAAGCCCUCAGUAACUAAUCAGCACAGAAGAACAGCAUCAGCAGGCACAUUGAGCGAUGCUGAAGUGCGCUCUGUUAGUAACUCCUCUCGUUCCAGCAUCACCUCUGCAACCUCCAGCAUGGACUCUUUGGAUAUUGAUAAAGUAACACGCCCUCAAGAACUGGAUUUGACACAUCAGGGGCAGCCAAUUACUGAGGUAAGUAGAUGGAACUUUUUUCCUGCUAUUUUAGUAUUUUAAAAAGGAGGAAAUGGUAUUUUUAAAAUGUAGUCUUAAUUAACUUUCUUAUUUUUUCUACAUUUAAAAUUUGUCAGGAUCCUUCUGAGCUAAGUUUUAAAAUCACUACAGAAGGAAUAUAUUACCAGAUAUAGCAAUGUCACAAUGAUUAAGAGAGUUUCUUCAUUUUAUUCUUAGGCUAUUUGAAGCCCUUGAAUUAAUAUGAGUUUCACAUGAUUAAAAAACUUGAAGUGUGGUUUAUACUUGAUGACAUUUUGCAAACCUAUUAUAAUUGUUAUAAUAGUAAUUGCUGUUUAAUGUAUGUUUAUUAUAAAACAACAACUUAAGAAAAAGAUGCCUACCACUGCUAUAGUCCUCCAAGAUUCUAUUUUAUUAUCAAAGAGUCAGUGUACUGUAGUGGAAAGAGCCCUUGGGCUUGGAAUCAGAAAACUGGGUUCCAAGUGGUGUUCCCUUUGCCACUCACUACCCAUAGGACCUUAAAUGAGUUAUUCAGCCUCUGUGAACAUCAGUUUCUCAGAAGUAAAAUGGAGCUAAUAGUACAUGGUCUAAUCCUCAUAUGGUGGUUUAGAUAAUCAAAAGUGAUAAUAUAUGUGAACAGAUUUUUAAAGGACAAAGUUCUUCUGGAUGUGAUGGGGUGAGGGCAAGGAAGAAAUUUUUGUUAAAAUAAGUUUAGCAAAAGCUGAGUUUGGUGUAGGUAAAUUCUUUAUUGAAUAUUUUUGUCAAGAAGAAGGCAGUAUUGUUAACAGGGUAGCAGCAAGAAAGAUCAAUGUGGGUAAAAUAAAGCCAGCCCUUCUGUUCAGUUUAUGUUUACAGUCCUCUCUACCACAGGGUAAAAUAAUCUAUUCAUGAAUAAUCAUUACUAAGGUAAAAUCUUGUAAAACAAGGUUUAAAGAAUUACAGAGAAAUUUAAAAUUUACAUCUAUUACGCAACAUUAUUAAUUUUUCCCCGUUGGUUUAAUUCAUAGAUUAAUUUCCAUCAGUCAGUAACUCUUUGUACCUAAUAAUGUACCCAGUUUGUUCUGGGCACUGUGAAGCAUAAUAGACAUAAAUUUGAGUUUAAUUGCUUGUAAAGAAAAAGUAUAUCAAUCUAAAAGUAAAUUUUCACUUAUUUAAAAUGAAGCUCAUGUGGUAUAUAUUCUGUAGAGAACUCAAAAAUUUAUUUCUGUCUUAUGAUACCUAGGGAUUAUAUUUAGCACCAGCUCUAUAGUAUGUAUCAUUUAUGUCUUUUAGAUUUACCUGUUGGGAUAUGAGCAAUAUUUUAUUAAGGAUGUACUUUCUUGGUUAUUCUGUGUUUUAUAUGUUGAUAUUCCUUCUUUCUAAUCAGAUUAUUCUGAGUUGGGUCAGGAUGCGUGAGGUCAGGUUAAACUAAUCAUUAAGGAUCUUUAUGUGUGUCUCAUCUGUGAAAAUAUACUCACACAAUAAAAACAAAGUAAAAAGUGAAAAGUCCUCUCCCAGCAAAUUCUUUGGAUGUGACCUAGUGGUAUUCAUGGGCAAAGAUACCAGUGUUCAAUAAUAUAAUGUUUAGUGUAAGACUUCAAUAUAAAGUUUGGUGAGUAAACUAGGAAUAAAGCAGGAAAGGAGUUAAAGUCUUCUCUAUCCGUCCUGUUCUUGUGUCUUGCCUGGAUGAGUAGAAAAGUGGUUUAACCAAACCUGAAACUUGGUUUGGCAUACUUUUUUAUGGAUUUGGUCUGUUCUUCAAAUCAAGAAAACCAAUUGAGGCUUACUAGAUCCCAAACCCAUGUAUCAAAUUGUCCCUACACUCAAAUACAAUCUCUAAAAAAUAUUUUAAUUACUUUUGCAUAUGUGGAGUUUAAAGAGUCAAAUAGUUCUGUGAGACUUGUUACAGAAAAUUUUGCUACACAUGUGCACACACAUGCCAUAUCCUCUCAGAGGCCAAAACUUUCUACUCUUUUAGCUGAUUCUCAGGGUAUUUACCUCUCUGUCAUUAAAUCUAUAUUUAUAUUGCUAUUUCUUUAUAUUUUUCCAUUGUAUGUGUUAUCUACUGACUUCUCACUCUGGAAGAUUAGGAUAUAGACAGCUCCUCUUUAGACAGCUCCUCUCCCUUCUCCUCUCAUGCUCCCCUAUCCUCCCAGUAUAUUUUGGUUGGUUACUGUUCAGUUUUUAUAUUAUCAUGACUAUGUACAUGCAGUUUGGUGCUAAACUAUAUGCUUUUAUUACAUUUUCUUUCUGGGCCAUUACAUUUUGCUUACCUGGAAUUAGUAGUUGUCUUGAGAUUUAAAAAUAGGUUUUUUUAUAUGUUUAUCACUGUUUCAAUUCCAGACUUUCCCCCAGUUGAUUCUCUUAGUUCAAACAAAAUCAGUGUUUAUUAAUAUCAUCUUAAAAUUCUUUGCUCUUUCAUAGUCUUUGCUCUAGUAUCAUUCUUAAGUUUUUUCUCUCAGAAAAGUGUGAGCUUCUCCAGAGAAGAUGGUUCUUUCAUUCUCCUACAUAGAGGGCGUAUGUCGGCUGUGAGUGCUUUAGCAGCCCAUUUGGGAAAGAAGGCUUGCAAUGUAAGGUGGUCCUCAGUGUUCAGUAUGUGAACUUCCAUCUAAUCCUUUUAGGUCAGGAUUUCUCAACAUUGACUACUAACAUUUUGGCCAAAUAAUUCUUUGUUGUGGGAGCUAUCUUGUGUAUUGUAGGAAACUUAGCAGCAUCACUGGCACCUAUCCUAUCCACAAAUGCCAGUAGUACACAUACCUCCCUCAGUUGUGACAACCAGACAUUGCUGUAUGUUCCCUGUAAGGGGAAAGUCCCCGCUCUGAGAAUCACUGCUUUAAAACAGAAAGGAUUAUUAGCAAGUCUGAACCCCUUUUCUUCAUGGGAAAUGAUUGUGGGUGUUUUCCUGCUCCUGGCGUUUUUUUUUUUUUAGUAGAAACUUGACUAAUAAAUAUAGAAUGUUUCCAGGUAAUAUUGUUUACUAUAAACUGACCCCUGAUUAGUGAGUGCAUAUGGACCAGGAAGACUGUGAGUGAACUUAGAAGCCUAUGAAUAGACACGGACCUUUGUUUCCUGGUGUGAAGUUUAUCAGUUUUGUAAGUGAACAUAAAUACAUCCCUUGAGGGUUCCUGGAACCUACACUCAUUGGCUGUUAAAAUGGACUGCUGGUUCCUGUGGAAUAUGAAGUUUCCCUAAGCCAGGGUGAUUUCUGUACUUACCUACAUGAUUUCUGUCCCUUAGAAUGGUGGGUCCAGAAAAGGCUCCUGGUGGCCUAUAUAGAUCCUUUUUAAAGAUAACAUGUCUCAUGCUAGCACACUUUGUCUGUCUGUAGAACUAAGUGAACUUGGUCCCAUGCUGUGGUCUUUUGGGUCCUGUGAGUGACUGUCAGUCUGAACCUGAGACCACUGUUGGUCUGUGAGUAAAGGAAGGAAUCUGUUAAUCAACUGCUUAAGUAUGCUUUCAACCAGUCAGUCCUUCUGCUUUCAUUCCCACCAUCACUUCUAUUGCUUCUGGAGACUUUUGAGGUUACAUGAUGUACAUUGGGGUGCCCCUCUGCUUUUCUCCAGUGCUGGCUUUAACAUUCAGCUUUCCUUGGGCCUACUAAGGUGGUUACCACUCAGCCAUAUCUAACAUAAUCUCCUUUUCCUGUCUGCAGUCUCUUGACAUUGGAGUGCCCCAAGGUACAGUCCUGACUCCAUUUCUAUCUGUAUCCACUCUUGUGAGCUUAAGCACUGACAACUCCCGCAUUUUAAUACCCUAUUUCAUUUAUCUAAGACACACCUUUUCCCCACAUUUUAAUUCCUCUAAAACAAUGGUUCUCAACUGGGAGCUAUUUUGCCCCCCCAAAGGACAUUUAGCAGUGUCUGGAGACAUCUGUGGUUGUCACUGAUUAAAGGGUGCUACUGACAUCUAGUGGGUAGAGGCCAAGGGUACUGGUAAAACCCUCCAAUGCACAGGUUAGCCACCACAACAAAGAAUUAUCUGACCCAAAGUUGUGCCUAAGUUGAGAGAGUAUGUUUUAGAAACAGGUGGCAUCUGUCACUGUCAGCGAGGUGGCAGUUCUGUGCGAAGUUUUCUUUUGACAGUUCCUGAAAAAGAUCAAGAAAGUAGCAGCAUUAAGUCAUCUUAGAUUCAAAGAAAUACAGGUAUCUUUUGCCAGUGUGCCUCUCCCCUGAACUCCGGGCUGACACAUCCUAUCUCUGAUCAGUAUCUCUAUUUGGAUGUCUAAUAGGUAGCUCAAAUUUAACUGGUCUAAAACCGAAGCCCUGGUCUUUUCUCCCAAACUCCUCCAAAGUCUUCUCCAUCUCAGUUGAUGGCUCUUCCAUCCUUCCAGUGCAUCAAACAAAAUCCUUGGAGUCUUUGUCUACUUCUCUUUUUCUUUCCAUUCCCAUUCCAGUCCAGCAGCAUAUUCUGUUGCCUUUACCUUCAGAGUAUAUCCAGAAUUUGAUCACUUCUCACCACCUUCACGGACACCAAGCCAACAUCAUCUUGAUGUAAAUUUUUGCAAUAGUCUCCCACCUGGCCAUCCUAUAUUUACUUUCUCCUUAAGGGUCUACCAUCCAUACGGAAGCCAGAGUGGUCCUAUUAAAAGUUAGUCAGAUCUUGCCCCUCCUCUUUUCAAACCCAAAGACUUUGUAUCUUACUAUAAAACCAAAAUCCCUGCAAUGGCCUGCAGGUCCUUACAGGAUUUGCUUUCCCGUUAUCUCUGCUUCUGUUUUCCUUUCUUUCCUCCUUCUCUUAACUUUGCCAGUCAUACUGCCUCCUAGUUCUUUGCCAGACAUCUGAGCCUAGUUAGAAAAAUUAGUUUGAGAUUGGUACUGUUCUAUCUUGGGGACAUGGGUAGUUAAACUGCCCAUCUAAAAAUGAAAUAACACUGUGGCUUAUCUUUUUGUCUUGUUGCUCUCUGAAAGCGAACAGGGAUAGGCACAGUACAAUUUCACAUCAGGAAGAGUAAAUCUUUUUUCUCUGCCUUUCUCUUUCCUGACUUUUCUUGAAAUACUGUUUUCAGGCACUUCACAUAUAUUGUCUCAUUUAAGCCUCCCACUAUCCCUUUGGUAGGGGCAUUUAUUCCAAAGAAGAAAUUAAGUAGGUCAAGUAACUGAGAAGCCUGUAUUUGAAUUACGAAACUACAUUUGCCUCCCAGUUUUUAUCAGUAUCUUAAAAUAAAGUGAAGCUGAUUGUUAAAAAAUGAUUAUUUCCUAAAUGUUAAAGAAUGUUUUAGUAUAAAAUAUUUUCUGUGGAUAAGCAUAAAAAUGGAUUAUAGAAUAAUUUUAGUAUUCUUUUGAAGUCCAUCAAUGAUGUUCAUCUACUAAGUUUUUAAAUUAGAAUUCAGUGUGGUUGAAAUAAAUUCUAAUAAGGUCUCUUUGUAUCUUAACCAAUGUGAGAUAAAUGUUGCAGCUGAUUUCCUGGCAUUGUUAUGGUACUUUUAUUCAUGUUAACUGAUAAAGCAAUAGUUUUCAAUUACGUAGAAGUUUGCAAAUAUAAAUGGUAAUUGCAUGUUAUAAAUUUUAUAUAAAAUAGGGUUCACUGAUAAAAGGUUAAUGUUAGCACAUUCGUUUAUAUUUUCUGGUGAGAUUUAAACUUUAAUGAUUCCUCUGAAUUUGGAAAUUUAUACAUGAAAAUGUACUUUUAAAAUGAAAAUGCUUUUAAAAGCUAUUAUUGUAGG